UGAUUCGCGAAAUGAUUCACGAAUGAAUGUAAAUACAUUUUAUAGUUUUUUAGGAAGUAUUGCCGAUUGGGCAAAAUUAGAGGACAAUGAAUUAAUUAAUGAUAAUAAUACUGUGCUCAGAGAUAGUCAAGGACAUAGACUUGUCGGUUAUAAAAUUAUCAAUAAACUAUUUGAUUAUUUUGAUAGAUCAUCUACAGGUGGAAUUACCCUUCAAGAUGCUGUUUUAGGACUUGGUGCAAUUAAAUUUGGAGAUAUAUUAUCACGAAUAGAAUUAUUUUUCAAUUUACAUGAUAGUGAUAAAGAUGGAUACUUAUCAAAAGAAGAAAUUUUACAAAUUAUCUAUUCUUCUUCUGAUUCAAAUAAUAGUGAAGCUCCAUCAAUUGAAGACGAUGAUGAUACUAUAUUAUCGCUUCCAUUAUUUCGUGAAGUAAUUUUAUCAGACGAGUAUUUAGUAGAUUUUUUUGAUACUGGUUUCGCAGCAACAUUCCAAUUAGUUGAGCCUGUUGAAGAACGACAAAAAGGACUAGGGCGUGAAAUAUUUAAUUCACUAAUGUCUGAUGGAAUGAAAUUUGCGAGUCUUUUUGGUAAACGGCAGAGUGAUCGUCGUAAAUCAAAUGUUUACCAAUCUUCAAGUCCAAAGGGAUCGUCUUUGGACGUUAGACAAACAAGUUAUUCAAGACGAAAUAGUGAUCUAUGGUCUAGAAGAAGAUCAAAUUCUCAUGAAAAUUCAGGAAUGGUCGUGUCUGCAAGAUCCACAAGUGGUGUACAUAGAAGUUUAUCACCUGGGUCUUUUCUUUCAACUGAAGACGAAGAUGACCGUUUUUCUAUACAAGAGACGGAGAGACUUUUGGAUGAAUUUCAAGAUGAAAGCG